AUGCCUUUGCAUCUAGCAAUAAUGUGCGGCACCCCCGAAAUUGUACAAUGCCUCGUCAACCGCGGGGCCCGGCUUGUGAGCCGCGUCGCUGACGGAUUCACCUCCCUUCAUCUUGCUGCCGCUCGUGGGGAUGUGAGAAUCUUGCGAGCCAUUCUUCGGAAAAAAACUGCUGGACAUAAUAUCGAAUCAGAUGGCGACGACGAUGAGGAAGGUGAAGGAGAGUUUGACGACAUUUCAAUUGUGAGAACCGGCCCACAGUCCCCCUACGCCGCCACUCAAGGGUCAAUGGUCAUUGUUACCGACCCCUCAAAGGUCACCAUGGAAGAACAGAACGACGAGGAAGACGAGCCUAAUUUUUACGAUAACCUUGGCGUUAUUUCGUGGGAUAUCCCACUUAGUCCGCUUCAUGUGGCUAUUCUAAAUGGCCAUGUCGAUAUUGUCAACUGCCUUGCCACGGAAUUUGGUGUUGAUGUAAACCAGCCGUUUGUGAAGAAGGAGUACAGUCAAUCUCAUGUGCUCUUUUCCAUGCUCCUUGCAAUGCACCACCCUUUCGAGAUAUCCAAGGCUUUAUUACAGACCCUCCUAGAGCUGGGCGCUUCUUCCACACAAGCCGAUAUGCAACAUCUGACAGCGUUUUAUUCUCUUGUAAUGGUUGGAGAAUCUCGUCUUCUUGACGCGAUUUUCAAAUUCGACGGACCUGCUUCCCACCUUGCAAUAAAUCACCCAACUGUCACUACUGAUUGGCGACCUCGAGCUGUACUACCUUUAACGACAGCGGUUAGGCACAAGGGCAUUGCUAUGAUUGAAAAAUCAUUGGACAACGGCGGCACUCUAUCAGUGCCCACUGAAUGUCACCGACGUUUUUGGGCUCGCCAGGGAAAGAUGACGAAGAUUGAGGCUUGUAUGGUUCAACUGAUUGUUAAAGCAGCUGAAUUUUCAACACCUGUGGUGGUCAGAAAGCUCUUGGAUGCCGGGGCUGAUCCUAACACAAUGACGAUAGAUGCGUACGCAUUACUUGAUUCGGAUUUUGGUAGCUCUAACAAUGGUCGGACUGUUCUUGAUGUUAUUGGCGCGCGAAAGGAUUUUUUGAAGUCAUUGAUUCAGCAUCGCAGUAAACCCAUCACUUCUCUGAAUGCAGAGCUCAAAUCGGACGCAGUUUAUUUGGAUGGUCUGAUGGAAGGGACAUUUGAAUAUUCCUUUGUCCAGAAGGAUCUCGCCAUGGCCAAAAUUGCAGUUGAGGUAAUCGAAAAUGAGUUGAACAGCAAAAGAUUUACAGAAGCCCAACAACAAGAGAAGCAGAAUGCCGACGGGAUCAAACAUGAAAUUGAGGCUCUAGAGAAAGUCGAACAAGCCUUGAAAGCAAAAGGUGGCAAAAUCUUUGCAGAAUUGCACCCUACACAUGAUGGCAAUGCUCAUGUUCAACAUGGGAGGGACAGAAUGCCAUUAGUUCUUGAUGACACAACAUUGAAGAAGUUUGAAAUCAAUUAUACAUUUACAGAUCAAGAUGUUGGAGAUCUGGAUAUGAAACAGUAUCUUCCACUGUUCCAAGCCGCAUGGGAUGGUGAUCUUGUGAGAGUCAAGCAACUUACCACUGAGCCACAGGCUCUGAAUAAAUCAUCAUCAUCGCUUCAGCUUACAGCAAUGCACAAAGUGCGGCUCUUUGACCCAUUCACUAUUGCUGUGGCUCAGGGCCACUUCAAGCUGGCUAGGGCAAUUCUUCAAGAUGUUGAGGCUCAACAAGUCCAAGCAGAUACCAAAAAGACAAGCUGUAAAGUAUAUAAAGUUGUUGUUGACUCUAAUGUUAAUGAUUACAGUUCCAGCGGCGAAACUGAUGAUGACUCAGAUAAUGAUGGAGUAGGUGUGCAUUUCAACAUUGUUAAUGACCAGCAAACCAUUGAUGAUGUUUGA